UUCUGCCAGCAAUGUGCCGGUUGUGUUUGCGGGCGGGCCCCGAAACAUCCACGGUAUCGAUUUUUAGUAUCGCCAAUGGAAAUGUUAUCGCAGAAAUUGUCGAGCAAUGUCUUGGUAUCGCAAUCGUGAAGGAUAGUACACCGUAUGAGAACGUCUGCCCAUCGUGCAUUGUCUCGCUGGUUUCGAUGCACGAAAUGUACCAAAAGUAUCAAGAAUGCAAUCGUACAUUUAUUCAACUGUGCCACGAACGGAAUCAAAAUGACAUUGGAGGCGAAUUGCAUUGUAAAACAGCGGUAUACACUGAUGUGCAUGAAAUAUCUGCAUUGGAUGUCACACUGGAGGACAUUAUUGAAGAAGAUUAUAGCAUCGACGAAGCAUCGAAUGAAUUAGAAAGUGCUCUUGAAACACUUCCCUUGAACGAACCCACAGACGCAAAUUACGAUGUAUCGGUGCAUUAUUUACAAGAUUUUCGACCGGCUGGAGAAAUGGAUGGUUUGCUGCACGGUCAGGCUGAACAACACCAGCUUCAGCAAACGGAUGAAUCAGAAUGGAACCAUCCGGAUACUUCAUUGAACACGUCGUUAAUGGAAGAAUUGAGCGCGCAGGUUGCUCGAUUGGAUGGCCAGGAAAUCACAAACUCAAAAACUAUAAUUUCUGUUGAUACGACUCACACGUCCAUUUUACCACAACUUGCCAAAAAGAAUCCCCCGAGAGAUUUUCUGAAAAGAUUCCAAAAUGAAGCGACAGAAGUGGAAAGCUACCAAGAUCCGAAGCACCAAUGUUAUAUUUGUAAUACUAAUUUCCAUAACGACGUUGAGCUCGUGAACCAUUUUCCUUCCCAUUUUCUAGAUGUCCCACAAGGCUGCGCCCUGUGUGGGACUCGUCAUCGGACGGUGAUGGACCUUAAUCGCCAUUUGGCCUAUCAUCAAUCAGAGAGGCCAUACAAAUGUGAUAAAUGUGCGCGGAGAUUUUCGAACUUCCAGUCGUACAGGUGGCAUACGAGCGAAUACCACACGCGCCAACAGAACCAAACCCUAUCCUUAUCAGCUGACGCUGACAUAAAUAGAGGAUCGCAAACGAUGGUGUGUGAUAUAUGUGGUAAAGUGUACCUACUUGCCGAACCGUACGAACAACAUAUUCUACAGCAUGAGCAUGGCCAUCAGCUGUAUCAGUGUAAACUGUGUGAACGAAAGUUUCCACGGAACAUUUAUCUUCUUUUUCACCUGGAAACACACGCCAAACAGCGUCCGCACCGGUGCCAGUAUUGCUUGAUACCGUUCGCAUCGCAGUAUCUUAAAAACUUCCACGAAAAACGACACCCUAACGGCGAUGGAGGACUGAUAUCGCAACGCUGCCCUCUUUGUUUAACGUCAUGCCGAGCGAAACAUCGGCUGUUGGCUCAUAUCGAAGCGUUUCAUCCAGCCGACACGCGUAUUCAAUUGCUGCAGUGUUCAUUCAACGACUGUCGGCUUAAAUUUCUCGAUUUAAACGAGUUUCAAAGUCACAUCACCGAUCACCGGGUGGGUGAUCGAUUUCCUUGUAUGCAUUGUGCUCGCGUUUUUAAACGGCAACGUUUAUUAAAUACCCAUCUGCGUACGGUACAUGGCAUAACUGUCGAGCAAGAUCGUGCACCAUCGACAUUACGCUGUGAGGAAUGCUCAACAUCAUUCCGAAGCGAGAGGACCUUUGCGAAACAUUUUGAACUUUCUCACCGUCCACAAACAAAAAUCAUAUCACAUAACUAGUUUAUAUUAUUGUCCUUACCAUGCAUACUAUGUAAAGCAAUUGAGUAAUAUUGUAUGCCUACAUAUUUCGGAAGGAACAGAAUUCCUGAUAAUGAAUAAAUAUUGAUUUUAUAAAA